AGGAACUUAUAGUAUAUGAUCCUGAUCCAAUCCUUGACAGCUAGGAAGCGUCUGAGUCCGAGGGAAGACAUGUUCCCACAAACCCUAAUAUUGUUCUCAGCACUCAUAAUCCUCUUCCAUGGAGAUCUCGUCUUAAGCACAACAGCACCAGAUGAUAUCCACGAUGUUCUCCCUCAGUACGGUUUCCCAAAGGGUCUUCUUCCCAACAACGCGGUCUCCUACACCCUCUCCCCCGACGAUGGCUUCUUCACCGUCCAGCUCGAUGCCCCCUGCUACGUCCACUGGGACGACCAAUUAGUCUACUACCACAGCCAAAUCAGUGGCACUCUCACCUACGGUUCCGUCUCGCACGUGUCGGGGAUUCAGGCCCAGAAACUCUUCCUCUGGCUCCCUGUUACCGGAAUUAAGGUCCACCAGGAUUCCGGCAUGUUAGAGUUCUUCGUUGGAGCUUUGUCCCAGACGCUACCCGCCAGCGACUUCCAGGAUGUGCCUGGGUGCUCCCGCAGAGGAUCGCUGCUCGCUACAAACCUCAUUCUUCCUCUCUGACCGUAUUCAUCUCUGUCUAUUCUCUCCUACUCAUCUUGUUCAACUUCAAAUUAAUUGUUUCAUACUCAAAUACUACCUACUAGCCUACUACCAUGUUAAUGUUAAUUAAAAUUAUAGGGAUUUUCAGAAGCGCGUCCCCUGUUUCGCAUUCAGGGAAUUAAUCCCGUUAAUGUUUGUUUACAUUUUUUGGACUUUAAUAAAUUUACUUUUUUUUAA